AUGAGCUACACUGUAUCCCAGCAUGCGUACAUCAAGGCGUCACUGCACUCGAUCAAGUUCCCAUACGCACCGGUUCUCGGCGUCUUGAUAGGCAAGGUGCGGGACGGAAAUAAUGGCAGCGGAGGAGCGGCGGAUGCGGAGAGCUCUGGCGGGAGCGCGGGGAAGGCGGAGGUAGAGGUGGAAGAUGCUGUGCCUUUGUUUCAUGGCUCCCUGCUGCUGCCGAUGCUGGAACUGGCGCUCAUGCAGGCAGAGGAGUAUGCCUCAUCACGCGGCAUGGCCGUGGUGGGCGUGUACGCAGCCAACGAGCGCGUGGACGCACCAGAGCUCGCGGUGGGCACCAAGCGCGUGGCGGACUGUGUUGCCAAGCACUGCCCGCCCGCCUGCUGCCUGCUCCUAGACCCAACGGUGAUGCAGCAGCUGCUGGGAACAGGCACGGGUGGGCAAGCAGGAGGGGCAGGGGAAUCAGAGUCGAAAUCUGCAACACCAGUUGAGGCUCACCAGGCGUUCAAGCUGUACACGUGUGAUUCAGCCCGUGUGUGGCGCUUCCAAAAGCCGGCUGUAGCAGGGGGGAGCACGAGCGCAGCAACGAUGCGCGUUCGGCCGGCGACAGUGGCCGGCAUUCUUCGGAGCUAUUUGGAGGAGGGACGGCAGUGGCGACUAUGCGAUUUUGAGGAGCACCUGGAUGACGUGUCAAGGACGCACCUCUCAAAACGCCAUCGCGGAGCCGCGAUCUUUCAGGGUAGCAGGGUCGCGAUCGUUAUUGCUGCGGCAGCGCAAGCUAUGUCAGGCGCAACCGCCGCUCCUUCGCGGGUGUUCUCCUAUAUAUUCAGCGGGAAGAGAUCGCAUGUGUUUGGUGGAUUGUUCGCCAUAGGCUUGCUAUCCUAUGUUCCUUGGUACUACAUGACAGCAGGCAAGAAGCAGCUCUCGCAUUCAGACUACAUGGCCAUGCAGGAGAAGGAGAGGAUGAGGAAGCAGCGCUUCUCCACUGCUCCUGUCCACGACGACACUCCUGCUGCUGCACCGUCCCAGGCCUCGUCCCAAUAG